UUGAAACGGGGUACUGUGGUGCUGCAGGAGAGUGAGUUGUGGAGGGCUGGGAAGGUCCAAGUCCGGGCAAAGGGGUCAGGCUUCGGAAAACGCGAGCUGGAGCUGUUGGAGGGCAGAGAAAUGGUGGCAGGCUGGGUCCCAGACGGGAAUCUUCAUAAAGGGAUUUCCCAGGACUCCAAGCAGAGGACAGACUGUCUGCUGUCCGGGUGCAUUAAUGGAGUCUCUGAUUCUGUGCUGAACCAGCUGCUGGAUAAACUCCUUCAGCACGGUGCUAUGAUUAAUGAGGAGAUGCAGACAGCAAAGACGAAGCCCAGAGCAGAGAAAGCUCGAGAUGUGAUUGAUACUCUGAUGAGGAAGGGACAUGAAAGCAGCAAAACUCUGAUAGAGGCUCUCAGGGAGGUUGACCCCUGCCUUUCCAGAGAGCUGAAGCUGUGGUGA